UGAGGACCGUGAGGAAGUUUUGUAUCCGCCGGACAGGAAGGCUGACUGGGAAUCAUUUUGACGGAUCCUGCACAGCCGCGAAUAACACGAGGAUGGCAGCCUCUGAGGACACACUGCCCGAAGAGGAGAGGGAGUUCCAAAAGAUCGUGUCUCUGAUCGGAGGCAAGGAGAGGAUUUAUUUGGUCAGUGACGCCUGUACAAGCAAAGAGGUGGACGGAGACGACGCUGAGCUGCUGCAGGAGUUCGUACGUGACAUGUUCCCCAACGGCAGCCCUGCGACCUUUAACGGCCAGCUCCAGCCCUGUGCGCCCAGCAGCCCCGGCGAUCCGGCAGGUGAAAGCGUUUGCUGCCAGGCAGAGAGGGAUAAAAGCAACGAAAUCCCUCCGACAGCGAAGCCCGAGGAUCUGGAAUUAGGAAAGGAGCAAGAGAAGGAGAGGCGCCAUGGAGACGUUCAAAAAACAGUCUCGAGCAGAGCGAAUAUUUACAGCCUGAAGCGAGCGAUAGACUCCCCUGUCAUCAUCUUCAUCUUCAGAGAAGCAUUUGUCAGACAAAGUCCUAAUGAAGUGUGUUUAAGGGAGAUCCUGAGGGACGUAAAGGCGCGCACCAAACGUGGCCGAAUCGCCCGGCCGGCUCUGAUUGGAUUAAUACGCACCGCACAGGAAAGCGCCGAGACGCGUCAGUGCGCGCAGCGACUGGAGUGUUUGAUCCGCUCAGUGUUCCCUAAACAUUCACCGGAGACAAUAUGGGUCGGCUGUUUCAUCCCCGGGACGGAGGACAAAAUGCUCAGCAUCAAGAAAAACGCCUGCAAAGUUAUAAACUCCUCUCUAACAGCAGAUCAUACCAGGGAUAGAGCGAACCCGCUUCUCUGGCCAUUCCAAUGUUGGUUCUGGCAUCAGAGAGGAGACGACCGAGGACAGGCCAACAGCUCUGCAAGCAGCAGGCAAAGAGGUGACACUGGAAGCGUAGAGGAAGGCAUCCCUCUGAAAACCAGUGCCUUGUCUGCUGAAUCUCAUGUGAAUGCAGACCCAGCUGGAGGAGACAGCUGAUGUCAGGACGCGUGACCUGCAGGUCUAUCACAGUGGACAAUCGUGCUUUUACUGUGAAAAGUUGGCUUCUUGGUGCUACAGAGCCUUAUAACAUUACAGCCAACAUGAUAUCUGAACUGAAGCAGUAUCUUGCUGGUUUACGCGCUGUGUUUUACAAUAGUUGGCCACAAAAGGAUGUGUUCUAUUUGUAAUCUGCUGCUCAGUUUAACACCACAGUGUCGUUUUUGGUUUUGACAGAAGCCCUUUGAUAGAAACUUGAACAUUAUAGGUUGGGACCGAAGCUUACGACUUAAGUAAACCUUUAACAUGUAAUCAAGCACAGGAGUGGAUUACUAACUUGAAAAAAGGGCUGAGUCACUGUGUAUCAACUGGUUUGUGUUAAUUUAAUUGAACACUAAUCUGGGAAAGCACUACCAGUUGAUUUAUUGGGGGCCUUAAAGUGAACCAAGCUUUAUUAUUGCAUGUGACUGUGAAAAGAGUCUUUGUUCCAAAAUGUCAGUUUUCCUUCACUGUGUAUUUUGCAUUUUCCUGUAUUCUUGUGUUGACACAGCUCUUAUGGGACCAAGUGGUCUGGUUCUCCAGGCGUAGAUUGCAGGUAUAAUCCUCCCAUUGGCUUACACAUUUUAUGCCGCUUUCUUCUCGACUUUAUCUGUGUUAUUGUUUUCAAAAUCCUCUUUGCUAAGGGAAGCCUCGACACCAGCGUACCACACUGAAAAUUUUAACUUUUACAUAAGAUUUGAGCAUUAAGGCAGCCCUAUUUGUUUUUGUUGUUGUUGUUUUUGUUAAAUAAGCCAUAUUAAAUUACAGUUCUAGCCUACCUGUGUGUGCAAACUAUUUACUAAAACAGUUCCACCUGUCACUGUUUUGAAGGAACACAUUGCUGCAUCCUAUAAUGAUCUCCCCCCCAGUAUGACUGUGACUGGUUUAAAUAAAUCCAAACAAGCCAGAGUGUUUUUCAUCAUUCAUUGAUCAUUCUGCACCACAUAAUAGUCCGGCUAUGUGAGACUGUGGGCCAUAUGAAGAACUGCACCUGCUGAACAGAAAACUGGUGCAACUAGGGAACCUAAGUGGCCUACCAGGUUUUUUUGCUUCAAGCAAUCUGACAUUUGUUUUUCUAAUUCUCUCUUUCAUUUUAUAGGAUUUUGUGCCUUAGGUGAGUGCUAUCAACACUAGCAUUAUCUGUAGUAGAAAUGUAAUACAGCUUGUCACUUUAAAUGUAUUUAUGAAGACUACUGGUCUGUUCAUUCAAACGAAUAAAGACAUUUAAACUUG